AUGACUGAGGCUAUACAAAUAAACGAUCUGCCUCUGGAAACUUUUAUCGAAAUAUUGCUAAAAAUUGAUGGAUAUUCAUUGGGUCGUUGUCGAAGAGUUUGCAAAAGAUGGAAGGCAUGUAUUGAUGAAAUAGAUAAUUUAUGGCUAAAAAUGUGUAAAAAAGAGUUUAAACAUUCAUCAGAACUAGCUAAAACGAAAUCUGGUAAUGAUUGCAAUUGGUAUCAUAUAUAUAAAAACCUGAAAUUAUGGUCUGAUUUAUCAUUCUUCGAAAAAAAUGUUAGAGAAUUUUACAAAUUCACUAUUCACGAUAAAUCUCAUCUUUUAAACAUUGACUAUGGGGUUUUGCCUUUGAAAGAUUCCAAAGGAAUUGUGUUAUAUGAUGUGAGUACAUUGAAAUAUAUUCCAGUAGCUUUACCUGAGCGCAACUGUCUUAAAAUCGCCAAUACUGAUCAUGUAUCAGUAAUACAAUUAAAAUCUGGGAUUCUAAUCCAAAGAACUGUUGAAAUUCCAUCUUUUGCUACAGAAGAGUUUUUCAAAGCUGAUAAUUUUGUUCUUACAAAUGAUGCUGUUUAUUUUUACAAUAAUAGGGAUGUUUUUAAAUGUGAUCUAAUGAAUCAAAGUUUAACACCAAAUUUGAUUAUUCACUGUGAUUAUGAUAUCAAAGAACUGCAAUAUAAUAAUGAAAUUAUACAUGUUUUUACUGAUUGUGGUAAAAUUGUUAAUAUAACAAAAGAUAAGGAAGUAACUGUACAGCCGUUGAGGUGCCCAGUAGAAUGGAUUAGACAAAUAAAGCAUAUAUGUGCUAUCAAUGACAGAAAUUUUGUUUGUUAUUCUCGGAGUUUAUUUAAAAUUGAAACUGACAAAUAUCAACAUUUGUAUUUAGAAUUCCCACCUAUAACAGCGUUGUUUUUUUAUGUGGAUGUUGUUUUAAUUGGGACAAGAGCAGGUGAAAUUCUGCUUUAUAGAUUAUCAAGUCAAAAGAAAGCUAUACGACCUAUUUUUGAAACAUUAGCAACUUUACCGGAAGGAAAAUUCGCUGUUCAAUUGGAUGUUUGCGAAAGACCAACUGGCCCUACUAUUGUAGCAUCUACAUUUUUUGAAUUAUAUCUUUUGGAUAUAAAUUUCUUUCCUAACGAACAAAAAGCAAAGCAAACAUUCUCUACAAACAAACUUCGUAUGUACAAGAGAUUAUUGAAACUAAAAGAGAGACUGCAAAGACGAGAAGAAUUAAAACUA